AGCGAGGUUACAGCUUAUGAACCCAAUGGACAUGACUUUUUCCCGUUUACACAGACUAAUCGUGACAUAAUUGGCGUCAUGAUCCAGAAAAGCGUGCAACGUAUUACUAGCCUGAUGCACCUAUUUCAAAUGUUUUUUUUUUCCUUUCUUUCUUUCUUUUACCAACUGCACUAAAUCAUUUUAGUGCAAAAUGUUCCGUACACACAUCCAGUAACUUUACAAAAAGAGUCCAAAUAAGUCUAAGGCACAAUGAACGACAUGGUUGUUUAGAAAUUCCCCAAAUAUUUUCUUGUACAGAAAUACUGCAAAAAAUGGAGAAAAUUUCCAUCGAAAGUCACACCCUUUUUGCCAAGCACACCAUUCAUUACUAGUUUGCAAGGUGUUCGGCAACAGGCCCGGCAGGUCAGUCCGGCUGCUUCUCUCAGCUUUUAUUCCUUGAGCUGCUCGCACUCUGACAAGACGUUGCCUUUUCUUCCCUGACGCGUCCCAUUCUCAGAAGCUGACAUGACGUCCAAGAUGGUUUUCAAGCAGCCGCAGCCUGUUAUGGUUCACCAAGAAUCCAACGAGUGGGGCAGCCGCAUCUGCGACUGCUGCGAGGACGUACCCAUGUGCUGCUGCGGGUUCUGGUGCUUACCUUGCUUCGCAUGCAUGACGGCCAAGAAGUACGGCGAGUGCCUCUGCCUCCCCCUGGUGGACUGUCUGCUCAGCCCGAUAGUGCAUCCUGUCGCCAUGUCCACCAGGGUGUCCAUGCGCCACUUGUACGGCAUACGGGGCUCCAUGUUCAACGAUUGCGUGUGCGCCACUUUCUGCACGGCGUGCGUUUGGUGCCAGAUGGCGCGCGAGAUGAAGGCGCGGGCCAUCGAUAUCGUGCUGGUGAACAAGCACAGCAAGACGCUGGCCUAACAACAACGCCCCCUUACGGAGAAAAAAAAGUUUGUGCACUGAUUGAUUGAUUUCAAUUUGCUUGAGACACUUUUAAAUCCACCACUGUAUUUUGAAACAUUUCAUUGCUACAUUUCCUUUUCAGAAAGGAUUUAUGGCAUUUAAAUGUGUUUCGAUGGGGAACAUGAUGUCACUCGUUUGGCCACGCCCCUUCAUGAUUUCACUCUAACCCUAAAAGUAUGGUUCUCUAACCGAAGCGCCAUCUGCGUACGGACGCCUUGGUCCACUUGCUAAAUAUUGACUAGAUUCAGAAAAAGAAAUCAAAUGAAAUCUACAAACUAAAAUGUUCUUUUUGAGCGAUGCAUUAUGGGCUAUUUUCCUUUUAGAGCAGCAAGUGAUUCCUAACACGGCCAGUGAGUCACAUCCGUUUGAUUUGAGAGCUUGAGCAACCAAUGACUAAUGAAUGAAGGAACGAACGAAUGAACGAAUGAAUGAAUGACACUCUGUCACUAACAUCUUCAUGUACGACUGAUGACCUUUUGUAAAUGGAUUUUCAUGAAUGAAUCCCAGACAAUUUGUUUUCUUUUGAUUAUGACCCAAAUGUUUAAUGGCGACUUUUAUGUUAUGUUUAUGUUGCCUCUAAAUAUUGAUCUUAACAAUUGUAUAAUUAUUAUUACACAUCAUCUAAAAGCAA